AUACCGCCCGCUCCGCCCACAAACUAUUUAAAUGCAAUUGUGAAAUCAAAUCACGAUUCAUUUGGAAGCCAUGUCCACCUUUGGAGCUGACGUUGACCAGGUUUGGCCCGCGGUCACCGGGGAUUCCCUGCCGCUGACCGAUUUCGGACGCAAACUGCUGAAGAACUGCCGCCAGGUGAAGAAGCCCCUCGGCGGAGAGGAGGAUUUAGUGAACUUGAUGGCCAAAUCCGAGGAGUUCCCACUGGAGUUCGGCGUGCAAAGUGUCCGGGUGAAGAGGCAAUCUCCUCGGCGGCUGGCCAGGAUUAACGAGCAGGUGGCCUCCGCCUAUCCGGUGAUCCACGAACGCACGUUGGGCCUCUAUCUGCGGUAUCUGGAGCACAAGUGCCAGUGGGGCAACUCCCUGGAGAAGCCCAUCUACAGGCCGCUCUCCCUCUGCGGCUUCGUGCAGCGCCUCCUGGAGAAGCGCUGCGCCAGCUUCUUUGCCCGCAACGACAAGUUCCUCCUGCUGGGCGGCGAAACUGGAGCCAGUGGCUUCGAAUCCGUGGGCACCAGGGAGGAGAAGGCUCCUCUGCUGCUGGCCAAUGUCCUGAGCUACGACGACAUCAAGCUUUCGGCACUGCUCUCCGUGAGUUCCCACACGGAGUUCGUCAACGAGGGCGAGCGCACCAACUGCGGGCAAGUUGAUCCGCACACCAAGACCCUCGAGCCAACGGGCGUUAUUGUGGGCAUGAUUGGAGCCCGACUGUCGCGUCGCAAUCUCAUGGAGUUCCAGGACAUAGUCAUCGCUCGCCAGCAGAAUACGCGGGAAAGGGGCUACGGGAUGGCGGUGGAUGAGCCUGCUGGAACGCGCGAAGAGGAUUACCGGCGUCUGUGGCGCGGAUUCUAUGCCACAAGGGAUCUCAUCCAUGGCGAGGCCGUCAUCGACAACCGGCGCUUUGGGCCGUCGAGAAACAAGCAGGAUGUAUUCGACAACCUGGUGAUGAAGCGGCGCUACGCCAUCGGCUUCGAUUUGCUGCUGCUGGAGGCGCAGGCGAGGGCGAAGCGCGAAAAGAAGCUGGCCUACAUCCAUGUGGUGGGCUUCGGAUUGGGCGUUUGGAAGGCGGCCGCCCAGCAGGAGCGCAUCUUCCUGGAGACCUUCGAGCAGCGCAUGCGCACGCUGGGCGCGCGGCUGGAUCAUGUGGGUCUCGUCCACUUCUCCUGGUUCUCGAUCAACGACUGCGGCGGCCUGCGCCACGGAUCGCUGGUGGAGAUCCCCGGCCAUCCAAAGGACGGCAUCAGGGUGCUCAUUUCCAAGCGCAAUCCGGCCCGCAAGUUGAGCGAUCCCGAGCACGCCGGCAUGCUGCUGGUGGUCUCCUACGCCUGGGACGGCAACGCGCUGCCGGGCAACGAGUUCUGGAUGAAAAUGCUCAAGUCCACCGGCGACUCCUCGACGGCCUGCUCCACAUUGGUGGCCGAGCUGCACAAUCCGCACAUCAACACGGUCUUCUGCAGCGGGGACAACCUGCACAUCGCCUCCCCGGAGCUCGGGGUGCUCCACAUCGCGGAAUAUGCCAAGCGGGUUAUUCGCAGCGAGAGUGACGGCUGAGGAGAUACGGGAAUCUAUCUAAUCUUAU